UGCAGGAUGAUGACACGCCCCUCUCGUGAUGCCGCGUUAAAUCUUUAAACAUAGAUGUUCAUGACCGACUCUCUCUCUCUCUCUCUCUCUCUCUCACACACACACUCACACACACACACACACACACAGCGAGAUAGAGCUGCGGUUUCGGCGAUAGCGGAUUACAACCUUCCCCCUCCCUCGUGCGCACAUCUGCCCAGUGUUUAUGUAAUCGCGGGCAUCCAUCCGCACACGGGACAGUGUAACGGCUCUUGGGAACCAACGCUGAAAAAAUAUCUUUUAUUUCGAUUGAGCUCGGUGCUUUACCGGAAUAAAUACACCUCGCGCGACCGCGCCAUUUCUUUGGGAUACGCUUCUGUCUACACGGGAGUUAAAGCCCGCGACAGCACGCGCUCCUCAGCUGAGAGAGAGGGAUGGAGGGAGGGAUGGAGAGAUUGUCAACCAUGAAAAAGUGGGACGCUCGUGGAUAGAGUUCGACAUCCAGUCAGCGAAAGCCGCGAGCUGUUUGGCUUUUUAAUAAUCUGCGGCUCCUUGCGCGGACGACUGCUGUCAUCCUGUAAGACACGCACACAACACACACACGCGCACGCGCGCGGGGGGAGAGUGGAACAGGCUAACGGCAUUCCUUUCGACCUGUCAGCGAUGCCCGUCCCCGUGCAACUGGAGUCUACAGGAGAUCACUCCCGUACGUCGGAACCGCGAAACUGCGAAGAGGCGCUCCUCGUCAGCUCUCAGUGGAUGUAGACGUCUGCUUCCGUCCCAUUGCUGGCGGCUAUGCAUCCUCGGGCGUGUGCGCGCGCGAACGCGUUGGAGUGUGUGUGAGUGUGUUCGAGUGCGUGUGUAAGCGUGCGUGCGCGAGUCAUGGGGAAGGAACAGGAGCUGCUACAGGCCGUGAAGACUGAGGACUUAACCACCGCACAGCGCAUCCUCCAACGACCCAGCAAAGCCAAGUUGCUGGGUCCAGCUAAGAGGCUAAAUGUCAACUUUCAGGAUGCAGAUGGGCUGGCGGCAAUCCACUAUGCUGCGCUGAAUGGGAACAUGGAACUGAUCUCUCUGCUUUUGGAGAACCAGGCAGCCGUAGACAUCAGAGAUCAGAAGGGUAUGCGUCCUCUGCACUAUGCUGCAUGGCAAGGUAAAACUGAGCCAAUGAAAAUGCUGCUAAAGGCGGGGUCAUCCGUUAACAGCCAAUCAGAGGAAGGCCAAAUACCUUUGCACCUUUCAUCGCAACAUGGCCACUAUGAUGGGUCGGAAAUGUUGCUGCAGCAUCAGUCGAACCCCUGUAUCAGAGAUCUUGCCGGGAAAACCCCUCUAGAUUUGGCCUGUGAGUUUGGCAGAGUUGGGGUUGUACAGCUCCUUCUCAACAGUAACAUGUGUGCUGCCAUGCUUGAGCCAAAGGCGUCAGACCCCAAUGGAACAACGCCUCUCCACCUUGCAGCCAAGAAUGGCCACAUCGACAUCAUCAGACUGCUGAUCGGAGCUGGGAUCGAUAUUAACCUGCAGACUAAAGCUGGAACGGCCCUCCAUGAAGCAGCACUCUGUGGGAAGACUGAAGCUGUGCGUCUGCUACUGGAUAGUGGGAUAAGUGCAGGCGUCAGAAACACUCUCUGUCAGACAGCGCUGGACAUCGUUAACCAGUUCACCACCACGACCGCAGGACGUGACAUCAAACAGAUGCUAAGAGAGGCGUCUGCUGCUAUGCAAGUUCGUGCUCUGAAGGAUUACUGCAAUAACUAUGACCUCACCAGCCUCAACAUAAAGGCCGGAGACAUCAUCACGGUUUUGGAACAGCACUCCGAUGGCCGCUGGAAAGGCUGUAUCCAUGACAACCGGACAGGAAAUGACCGUGUGGGAUAUUUCCCAUCCAACAUGGUGGAAGUCAUCAAGAGGGCAGGUAACCGUGGUCAUGUUGGCAGUCCCCAUGGUUCACCGACACUCAGUGGUCAUCACAGCACUGCCAGUGAAGAAGUGUGGGUCCUGAGAAAACCAGGAGGAGCGGGCAGCAUGGGCAGCACUGGCAGUCUGAGUGGACGUUCCAACAGCUGUGGGCAAAGUGGCAAUGCCAACGCUCACCUGACCAGCAGCACCCCGGUGCCAACCUCACCCGUGCCGGUCUCCACGGCAACCACCACGCCAACCACGACACCUGCCUCACCGACGCCCACCAACACCCACGGCCUCAACGUGCCAGGACUCCACGCACAGGCCGAGGGAGUGAAGCUCCUGGCAACAGUGUUGGCACAGUCAGCCAAGGCUAAAGAGCACCUGUUGGAACAGUCUCGUUCAGUGGAUCAAGGUUCCGGCUGCAGUCAGAGUCCUUCGGUUGCUCCAGGUCGAGAGGCGCGGCAGUUUGUGGAUCCUCUUCUGCAGCGGAAAGAGGAAGCCUCCACUGAGAGCAAGAAUGCGGAGGCGGUCAUUGAUUGGCUGACUGGAUCCCAGCUCCAGUUUUACACCACAAACUUCCUCAAUGCUGGAUAUGACCUGCCAACCAUCAGUUAUAUGACCCCAGAGGACCUCACUGCUAUAGGUGUGUCUAAACCAGGCCACAGAAAGAAGAUGAUCUCGGAGAUCAGCAGGCUGAGUUUCCCUGACUGCCUUCCUGACAAGAAGCCUGCCAGCUUGGCGGAGUGGCUCUCUGGGAUUGGCCUGGCUCAGCACUAUCAGACUCUAGUCCAGAACGGCUACGACAACAUGGACUUCAUCAAAGACGUCAGCAUCGAAGACCUGCAGGAAAUCGGCAUCACCAAAUUAGGACACCAGAAGAAAAUAAUGCUGGCUGUAAGGCGAUUGGUCGAACCAAAUAAGGAGGUGGAUUCCAGGUCAGAACCGAGCCAAUCAGAUGCAAGUUCUGAACAGCCAAUCAAAUCAUCGCCGUCUGUAGAAGAUGAGGUCAGCACUUCACCAUCUCCAAGGUUACGGAGGGCAAAUGCCCCUCCCCCUCUCACAAAGCCUCUGUCUUCUGAUGGAAGCCCUGCACACACACCUACACACACACCUCCAUACACCCCACCCAAAGCCAAACCAGACUCCCCCUCCCACACACACACGCACACACACACACGUCCAUACACCCCACCCAAAGCCAAACCAGACUCCCCCUCCCACACACACACGCACACACACACACGUCCUCCUGCAUACACACCUUCAUCUCCCUCAAGCCCCGCACACACACAUACUCAAGCACAGAGGCACACACACACUCCAGCCGAGUCACACACACACACACACACUCCAGCCGAGUCACACACACUCACACACACUCCAGCCGAGUCACACACACGCACACACACUCCUGCGGUGCCCCAGCUGUGCCUGCCGGAGGGCGAGGACUCCGCGACUCCCCCUGCUGGCCUGAGAGUGAAGCGUAGCAGCAGCAGCCAAUCACAGGGCUCUCUCGAUCAGGCCGGUGUCAACCGCAGCCAAUCACAGGGCUUUGCCACCACCACGCGCCCGCGCAGGAAGUCCCGCCCCCCGACCCCACCCAAGCGCUCCUGCUCCUCCGUCUCCCAUAGCAACCUAGCAGAGGGGACUUCGGCAUCCAAUCAGACAGAGACGGAGGCGGGGCUUCUCAGCGUGAGCUACAGAGAGCGCCGCCGUAGUGACUGUGGUGUGGUUGCUAUGGAAACGAGCCUGUCCUCAUCAGCAGGAGGGGGGAGUGUCCGAGACAUCGCUGCUAUGCUGGAAAUGACAUCACCAUUGGGGGGAGGAGUCACUGGAGGAGGCUGCAGCUAUCUGCAGGCCAGCCCAGAGUUCCUGAGACGGCAGCGAGAGGCGGUGACCUUGGACGACCUUCAGGAGCGCAGACGCACCAUCUGCGGGCCACCUACGGACCUGGUCGCCACGGCAACAGGACAGCACCCACCCACCAUCCGAGAGGUCCCAGAGCCACGCCCCCGCUCUGUGAUUGGUCACCUGGAAGGAGGAGGCGUGUCACAGGAAGAGUGGUCACGUGUGGACGCCACGGCAACCCUGCGGAAGCCCCGCCCACUUCAACAGCUAAACGAAUCAGACACAAGCACAGUCCGCCGACGCCCCAAACCCCGCAGCACUGCCGAGCAACAGCCAAUCACGGACGAGUAUCAGAGCGCCCCGUGUCAGACACUGGCACAGGGUCAGAGGUCAUGUCUCGGCCCCAACCCCCAAAACCCCGUCUCCCCAAAACCCCCCACUGCGGCUCGCCACGACCCCCCCACACCGGUCAGGAGGGUACUGCUCACACCCACCAGCCCAGAUGUGAAGAGAGAGCCUCCACCUGUGGCUCCGAAACCCUCCAGAGCCAAGAUCCCUGCUCCUGCACCUGUUACCGCUAGCGACGGUAGUAUCCAUGGAGAUGCCAAUCUCGCCUCACCUGUCUUGCAGAGAGAUGCAAGCUCCGCCCCUCCAACUAUGACCCCUCCCCCAGCUGCCAUAAACAACUCCAGCAACCCCAAUCCUAGUCUUAAUCCUAGUCUCAAUCCUAGUUUUAAUCCUAGUCUUAAUCCUAAUCCCCUGCACAGGGAGCCCAGCCCCACUCCUCCAUCCCCUGCCCAGACCCCAAGCCCCCAGACACCGCACCCUGUGAAGCCCCCCAGAGCCUCCAUCGCUGGCCUGUCGGUGGACCUGCCCCAGCAGAUGGAGCUGGAUCUGGGUGGAGUGGAGGCGGUGCAGCAGAGACUACGGGAGGUGGAGAAGCAGAGGGAGGAGGAGGAGAGGAAGUUGAGGGAGAUGGAGAGACACAGGAAGGAGGAGGAGAAGAAACUGAGGGAGCUAGAGAGACAGAGAGCAGAGGAGGAGGAGAGGAGGAGGAGAGGAGGAGCUGAGGAGGAGGAGGAGAGGAGGAGGAGCGAGCAGGAGCACAUGGAGGGGGGAGGGGGAGGAGUCCGGAGGAGGAAAGUGGGCGUGGCCAGGCAGGAACAAGUUCAAGGAGAGUUGGAGGAGGUGGAGCCUGUUUCCGUGGAGAACAGCGUGAGGCCGGGGCCUGUCCCUACCCAACGGAGGCUCAGUGGCGUAAACCAGCCAGCGGCACCCACCCCACCUCCCUCUGGGCCUGCACGGAUGCAAGGAGCUGGGCCACUUCCCUCUGUGCCGCAUGGAGCUCAAUCUCCCCCUGCAGACGUCCACAGACUGGAAGAGACCAGCACCAACCUAGCCGCUGCACUGCAGGUGGUGGAGGAGAAGAUCAAGCAUGACAACAAUUCUGCGGAAGAGAAGACCUCGGUCAGCAUUCUGGAUGACAUCGGCAGCAUGUUUGAUGACCUUGCUGACCAGCUGGAUGCCAUGUUGGACUAAAUCCUACCCAGAAUCCUCAGUCUGAACUCUGACCUUCUGAACCCGGGAUAUGGAGAGGUCUGACCUCAUGACUUCAUUAACAGAUGGCUUCUACCUUUAUGAGACCCUACUCUGACCCUGAGGGACUGGACUUCCUGUCACCAGGCAGGAGUUCCAGUAACCUGAUUG